AUGGCUAAUAAGCCCAGUGUCUUGUUCGUUUGCGUCCAUAACGCCGGUCGCUCCCAAAUGGCCGCCGGUUACCUUAAUCAUCUCGCUGGUGACACCGUUAAUGUACGCUCUGCCGGAUCUGCCCCAGUCGACUCCAUCAAUCCCGUCGUCGUCGAAGCCAUGCUCGAAGAAGGUAUCGAUCUCAGCAAUCAAAAACCCAAGAUUCUAACCGCCGACGCGGUUCAAGCCAGCGAUGUUGUUAUCACUAUGGGUUGUGGCGACGCCUGCCCCUUCUUCGCUGGCAAGCGUUAUCUCGACUGGCAACUUGAUGACCCCGCCGGCGAGGGCCUAGACGCUGUGCGAACUAUCCGUCGCGAAAUUCGUCAUCGCAUUGAGAGACUUAUUACUGAACUCCGGACCUCUUGCUGA